AUGUCCUCGGGUUACGCCUACCUGAUUGAAAAUAUUAAUUUCGGCUCAAACUGCUUCCUUACAGCUUAUUUUGGGCUCCUUCUGGCAGCACACCUGUUUUUGCUCUCCUACACUCGUCAGGUCCACUUUGGGUAUGUAUGGUGCCUUGCAAUGGCCGGCGAGAUUGUCGGCUACAUUGGCCGUAUCAUGAUAUCCAAGUCAAACAACAAGACCACGGCAAUUAUCAUGGACUCUGUCGGCCUCAACGCGGGAGCUUCCCUAAUGAUAGCAGGGCUUUACAUUGCUGCGGCAGGCAUGCUGAAACAACGUGCUACCGAUCUUGUCAGAGCGCCUCCGAGACUUCUGAGAGUAGUGCUCGCCAUCAAUGUUGCCUCCAUUGCCUUAUACUCGGCAGGAGUGUCAAUUGAGCCAAAUGGGGGCUCCAACUACCAGACUGGAAAAGAUCUGGCUAUUGCAGGAACUGUUAUUCAAUUGGCCCUUCUGAUCGCUUUUCUAGCCAACUGGCUUUUCUCCUGGAGAAGAACUCACAGAGACUUCUGUCCAGCGCGCCAAACUUUAUAUUACAACAGUUUUCCAGCGGCCAUCACGCUGGGUAUGGUUCUCAUGGUGGUGCGCUGCUGCUACCGUGUAGCUCUUCAGGCAGAAGGACCUACUGGCAAGCUGUUCACGCAUCCAAUAUACGUGGGAAUUCUGGACUCGCUCAUGGCUGCUGUCACAGCACUCAUCAUGACCGUGUUCCAUCCGGGACUUAUCGAAAGAUUUGGUGUUCAACAGUUGAGGCCUGAGGAUUCUUACUAUUAA